UCUACAUUCAAAGCUACAAAUUGCAGAGUACGCUCACCCAGGUUUCCAGUGCCAUAUACGCAGAUAAUUGCCUUCUCUAUGGGUUCUUCAAAAGGCUUUCUAUCUUUGUUUCAAAUUUCAAAGUCCAUCAAUAACCCGUAUGCAGCUUACUCUAGCGUGCGAACAGCUCCAAGAAGAAGCAUGGCAUCAAUUGCAAAUUUCAAAGUGCCCACGGUCAACAACGAGCCAAAUAAACACUAUACGAAAGGCUCUGAGGAUCGUCAGAAGCUACAAGAUGCUGUUGCAGCACUGAAGAAGCAGGCGCCACUCGAGGUUCCCCUAGCGGUCGGAGGACAAUAUAUCAAAAGUUCAUAUAUUCUCACGCAACACGAUCCUUCCUCUCACGCCGACAUCGUCGCAAAGUAUUCAAAUGCAAGCACAGCAGAAGUAAAUAAGGCCAUCGGCUCGGCAUUAGCUGCGAAACCAGCAUGGGAAUCCCUCCCGUUCGCCGAUCGCGCCGCAGUGUUCCUAAAAGCGGCCGACCUCAUAUCCUCCAAAUACCGAUACGAGAUCAUGGCUGCAACUAUGGUCGGACAAGGCAAGAAUGCGUGGCAAGCGGAGAUCGAUGCCGCCGCAGAAUUGUGUGACUUCUUGAGGUUCAAUGUGAAGUAUGCCGAGGAUACUUACGGACAUCAGCCGGUACACAACUCUCCAGGGGUUUGGAAUCGCGUUGAGUACCGACCACUCGAGGGAUUCGUGUACGCCAUCACACCCUUCAACUUCACGGCGAUUGGCGGCAAUCUUCCAGCAGCACCAGCUUUAAUGGGCAACGUCGUCAUUUGGAAGCCAUCUCCAUUUGCCGUUGCUUCAAACUGGCUGAUCUACCAGAUACUCAUUGAGGCCGGGCUUCCUCCGAACGUGAUCCAAUUUAUUCCCGGUGACGCAGAAGAAGUUACCAAAGCAGUGUUGUCCCACCGGGAGUUUGCAGCUCUCCAUUACACGGGGAGCACUGCAGUCUUCCGGUCACUGUACGGGAAAAUAGCAACAGGAGUUGCAGAUGGGAAGUACCAAGGCUACCCUCGCAUUGUGGGCGAAACUGGAGGCAAGAACUUCCACCUGAUCCACAGCAGUGCGGAUAUCACCAAUGCAGUAGUACAAACUGUUCGCGGAGCCUUCGAGUACCAAGGGCAGAAGUGCAGUGCCUGCUCUAGAGCAUAUGUUCCGAAGUCGGUUUGGCCUCAGUUCAAGGAUCAUCUCGUGUUGGAAACCCAGGCGCUUAAGGUUGGCGAUCCUUCAGACUUUUCGAACUUCAUCGGUCCAGUGAUCCAUGAAGCAAGUUUCAAGAAACUCUCCGGUGCCAUUGAAGAUGCGAAGAAUGACAAAGAGCUAGAGCUGUUGGUUGGUGGAAAGUAUGAUAGUAGCAAGGGCUACUAUGUUCACCCCACAAUUUACCAAACCACAAAUCCUGACCACUCUCUACUCUCCCGCGAGCUCUUCGGCCCUAUAUUGGUCGUAUAUGUCUACGAUGACAGCGCCCCAGCAGAAGCAUUCCAGAAGAUCUGCAAGCAGAUCGACAAGACAUCCGAAUACGCUUUGACUGGAGCCGUCUUUGCCAAGGAAAGGGAAGUGCUAAGGUUUGCGGAAGAGGCGCUGCGAAACUCGGCAGGAAACUUCUAUCUCAACUGCAAGUGUACUGGUGCUGUGGUGGGCCAGCAGCCAUUCGGGGGAUCAAGGGCCAGCGGGACGAACGACAAGGCGGGUAGUGCAAAUCUCUUGGCGAGGUUUGUGAACGUGAGGGCUAUCAAGGAAGAAUUCGUGGCUACGAAGAAGGUUGCAUAUCCAAGUAACGAAGUAUGAGACCCUAGUGAUGCAGAAAGAACCCCGCUUGUCAAGGGGGAUAUGAAGUCGGCACGUAAAAGUCUUUUUUCCGGUAAAGAUUGCUUACGGCCUUAAGCCAAUUAUAUGCAGAUAUGAUUCUUAAAUACGAACUGUUAGUGCUUAUUAC